GCCUUUGGAACAGUGUGACGUAUUUGAAAAAAAGUUCGGCUUCUCAGCAGAAAGCUAUCACCAAAAAAAUUCUUUACAAAUUUCUAUUUUGAACCCGCACCUCGGAUCGCAAAACUUGAACCCUCACCUUGUCGAAGUUCGGAAACAGAAAAAAAAUUCACCAUCGAACCAGGAAAAUUCGAAAUUUCUGCACUGCCUUCCAAGGGAUCCACAUCGGUGGUGGCCGACUAAAUUUCAAAUUUUACCUUAAAAAGACUGGUUGUUGACGUUUCACGGAAAUUCGCUGGACGAUUGAUUGGCGUAACGAUGAUGUUGAGUCGCAAUCGCUUCCGGAAACAGCUGUACCCCAGCUAUCAGGACUACGAAACUAGCCGGGCACCGGUUGACGAAUACUACGGCGACACUCGUCUUUAUUCGAUCUAUGAUCAACAACCGGAGAGCACCGAGCAAAAUCAUACCGACCAGGACGGCAUCGUCGAUCCGGAAUGCCUCAUCAAGCAUCCGCUGCAAUUCCAGUGGACGCUCUGGUAUCAGGAACCGGAUAAGAACAAGUCGUGGGGAGACAACCUGAACGAGGUAACCACCGUCGGUACCGUUGAAGACUUCUGGAGCUUAUACAACCACAUCAAGAGCCCGUCGGAUCUGAAGACCGGGUGCGAUUAUUCGCUGUUCAAGCAGGGCAUCCGCCCCAUGUGGGAAGACGAGAAGAACUUCCGCGGCGGCCGGUGGGUGAUCAACGUGCCCCGGCAGCAGCGCCACGAAUUGGACAAAUAUUGGCUGGAUACGAUAUUGUGUCUGAUUGGCGAGGCUUUCGAUAAUCCUGAAGAAAUUUGCGGUGCCGUCGUAAAUGUUCGCCAGAAGAUGGAUAAAAUUGCCAUUUGGACCUCCACUGUCAUGAACCGGGACGCGAUGUACUCGAUAGGCCGCAUCUUCAAGGAACGCAUUGGACUUAAACUGCCGAUCGUGUACCACGUGCAUAAGGAUACGAUGGGCAAAUCCGGUUCCAGCAUUAAAGCUCUGUACACCAUCUAGAAGAAAGAAAAACGAAUCGAACUAAUUUAAAUCAAGAAGCAACAUCCUCUUCACGGCAACCAACAGAUAUAAAAAAAACCGAUGCGAGGGACGAGAGACGGAAGACGGCGGACAACAGAGAAAAAGGAUCAUAUUUAUUGUUUGGAUUUGCGAACAUUUUGCGACUCUUCCCUCUUUCCCUCUGAUUGAACCUCUAAACAUAAGCGUACGUUAAGCGAAAAACUGCCCUGCCUCCGGGAAGCAAAAUCGAGUGAACGCGCGCCAGGUAGAAAAUAGCGGAGAACGUGUGUUCCUUUCGUUUCGUUGUAGCAAGGCAAGUCCUAUUUAUAUCAAACCCAAAUUCAUUACUACGGGAAUCAUCGAUCAGCACGUCAGUAGAGUUUUGAAAAACUGAUCGACAGAAGGUUCCUGGCUAAAGAAGUUUUAUUUUUCCGGACAUACCACGGAAGCAAAUUCGAUUUCUUACUUCUUAACUAGUGGAAGAGACUAGCAAUGUCAACAACCAACGGCUUGGAAGCAGAACUGAAGAGGAAGGAUUCAAGUUUUGAUUGCUCCUUGAUGCGUAAAACGAAAACAUACGAAGCGAUAAUGGGCGUAGAAACCGUAGCAGCGAAAAAACAACCAACCAACAAAUUUAAACAAGAAGUAUAUCUUGGAAUUCUGGAUUUGAACCUGGAGAAAAGAGUUUGAAAACAUUGUUUAAUAAUUAUUAUAAUGAAUUAUCGACUAAUUUACGAUUAUAAUAAUUAUGUAUGAUUAACUUCUUAUUAUAAAAACCAUAUUGAUUUAUUAUAUCAUUUGCUAUUUUCUAAAAAUAA